AUGGCGGCGAGAAAGUUGCAGACAGAGAUCGACAAGACCUUGAAGAAGGUCGCAGAAGGCGUCGAGAGCUUCGAAGACAUGUUCGAUCUGCUUCAGCGCUCAACGAAUGCCACACAAAAGGAGAAGAUGGAGUCCGAUCUUAAAACACAGAUCAAGAAGCUCCAACGUCUACGUGAUCAGAUCAAGACAUGGCUGCAGAGCAACGACAUCAAGGACAAGAAGCCGCUCCUCGACAACCGCAAGCUUAUCGAGACCCAGAUGGAGAAGUUCAAGGCCAUCGAAAAGGAGAUGAAGACCAAAGCCUUCUCCAAAGAGGGCCUCAUAGCUGCCGCAAAGAUGAAUCCAAAGGAUCGCGAAAAGGCAGAGGUUUCCGAGUGGCUCUCCACACAGGUCGACGAGCUCUCACGACAGGUCGAGUCCGCAGAAGCAGAGAUUGAGACCAUCUCGGGCUCGGGCAAAAAGAAGAAGGGUUCCGCAAAGGACGAACGCGCAUCAUCGCUCGAAUCCCAAAAUGAUCGCAGGAAUUGGCACAUCUCGCGCCUCGAGAUUCUUUUGCGCAUGUUGGAGAACGGCAACCUCGAGACGGAGCGUGUUACGGACAUCAAGGAGGACAUCUCGUACUUUGUCGAAUCCAAUAUGGAGGAGGACUUUGAGGAGGACGAGGGCAUCUACGACGAUCUCAAUCUCGACGAUGGCGAGGAGGCAUUUGGUCUCAAGGAGAACGACGACAUUCAAAGUAACGUCGACUCGACGGCCGGCAUGGAUGAUCUCAGCUUCCGCGAUAUCAAGGACACGCCGACGAAACCACGACGGGACAGCUUGGCCGAGAUCAGCACUAGCUCCGCCAACAACAGCAUCUCAACCGCCACCACCGCAACCAACACUGCCACCGCCGCUUCCAACAAGAAGGACGAGACCGUACCAUCGCCAGUGUCGGCUUCGCCAGCACCCACCGCACCUUCACCUGUUUCGGCCGCACCAGCUCCCAAGAAGACCAUCAAAAAGGCAUCGCAAGAGCCAGUCGCAGUGCCGAAGGAGAAGGCGGUACCUACUGCCAACUUUGCGCAGGCCAAGGCACCAUCCGCAUCCCAGUCUGCCGUCCUUUCGCCACCAAAGGCACCCAGCGCUGCACCGCUUCCUCCCAUCCGUUACGCUGCAGCUGCUGCGGCGGCAGUGGCGGCCACCGCUGCUGCAACCGCUGCCGACGCGACGGCUGCUUCCCCUGCGACGACCACAGCAUCCACCGCCACUGACUCGGCUUCGGACCCGAUCACGAACGCUGCCAACUCGACAGCAGCAUCUGCGGCACCUGGCUCGCACGUCCAAUCAUCUACAGCAGCAUCGCAGCAGGUGGGGGCGCCCGCCACACCCGCCAAGUCGAGCGUCGACGCACUCAAGGAUGACGCAGCAGCCAAGGCACGAUCAGCAUCGCCAGCGCCUCCAGGCCUCACCAAGGUCGAUGCGAGCAACAACAACGCAGCAGCAGGAUCGGGUGCAUCGACACAAGACACCACAAGUACGUCAGGAUUCCAGCCGGCCCAGCUCGCCGCCUCUUCGGCAGCAGCGAGCGUGGUGCAGCCCGCAGGUGGAGGAGCAGGAACUGCAGCACAGCAAGCAGCGGCGCAAAAGGAGGCAGGCACCGAAGCACGAUUGCCGACGUCGCUCACCGACCUUGUGUCGUCGUUCGAGUCUGCCAAGCAGAAAUCGCUGCGUCGCGACGCCAACCUGGGUCUGGUGCACAAGUCGCUCGAGUCGUCCUUCAUGAACGUGCCCGAACCGCUGGAUUCGGACAAGCCAAAGUACUACGUACCCAAGAACCCAUUCCCCACGCCGAGCUACUACCCGCAGGCGCCGGCGAGCGUGUUCGAUCAUCCCGCGCUGUACUCCAAGUUUGACGUCGACACGCUCUUCUACAUCUUCUAUUACCAGCAGGGAACGUACCACCAGUAUCUGGCGGCCAAGGAGUUGAAAAAGCAGAGCUGGCGCUUCCACAAGCAGUACUUGACCUGGUUCCAGAGGCAUUCGGAGCCGCAGGCGAUCACGGACGAGUACGAGCAGGGUGUGUACGUCUACUUUGAUUGGGAGGGUAGUUGGUGUCAGCGCAAGAAGUCGGAUUUCCGAUUCGAGUAUCGAUGGUUGGAGGAUAACUAG